AUGAAUGAGCAACAGCAAGCGCUGCAAAUUUACAUGCUAGGACAUCUAUGCGAAAGAAGUCUUGCAGCUGAGUUCCUGCAGGACCGUUCUGUCGAGACUCUCACAGAGCGCAUGCAAGCUUUUGUGCGCCAGUGCGCCUUGGGUACUGAAAACAUGGCCGCUCUUAUUGAUGCCGCUAUUAUUCAUAAUACUGAGCAGUCGAAUCGACUAAAAGAGACAUUGAAGCACCAUGUUUCUACGGAAGUAGAAACUGCCACAGACGAAAUGCGGAGCUGCAUCACGAGUGGCCUCGCCACCUCAACGCAAAAUAUGCGUGCUUUGGCAGCGACAGCCAGCCAUAAUAUUGCUGCUGAAGCUCAGACGAAACAAUUGCUACAAAGUCUCAGAUUUGAGGAUAUGAAUGACAGAAGGAAUCGCCUGAAAGAUGGUCUCAAAUCUGCGCACCACGACACAUGUCAAUGGGUGUACAGACCAGGAAGCUUUAGAGGCAUCAGAGACUUUUUCGAGCAAGAAUGCGAUGGCUACUGGAUUACUGGCAAGCCAGGUUGUGGAAAGUCAACAUUUAUGGCUUUUCUAGUCCAAGAUCCAAGAACCAGCGAGUAUCUGGAGCAAUGGAGAUCCGAUACCAAAAUUAUUUCCCACUUCUUCUGGAAAGCUGGCUCGCGAAUGCAACGAGGCCUCCUUGGGUUUUGGUGUUCCUCACUGUACCAAUUACUACUUGCGGAACCCUAUCUGGUCAUUAUCCUUCUUUCGGCCAAAAUCGAAGGCGGCAGGGGAGAUAUGAGCAACAAAUAUCAAACGUCAGAUUGGACCAUUGAAGAUCUAAAAUCGGCCUGGACAACAGCUUUAAAUUCACAGUCAUUUUCGGUAUGUUUAUUUCUGGAUGGGCUGGAUGAAAUACAUGAAGACGACAGCUUCCACAAGAUAGACGAGCUCCUCGCGUUCUUCCAAGAGUUUCCACAGGUAAAGAUGUGUCUUUCCGGCAGAUCUGAGCCGGGAAUGCUCAAGUUACUUCAAGGUUUUGCCCAGAUGAAGUUUCAUGAGUUCACCGGUCGAGACAUGCAUGACUUCGCCACGCAAUACCUGGCAUCAUUCUGGAAGAGAAGCGAAUUUUCUGUCUCUGACCAAAUCUGCAUCAUUGAAACAUUGAUGAGGAAAGCAGAAGGAGUCUUUCUGUGGUUGCGAUUAGUGGUUCGAAAUCUGAACAACAGCCUUGGUCGAGACGACAGCUUUUCUGAUCUCCAGCGUCGGAUUGAUGAACUCCCUUCCGAGGUUUCAGAAAUUUAUCAAGAAAUGUGGGAUAGAGAAAAUGGAAUAAAGGGAAGAACUCAAGGCCAACGCAUUGAGUCACCUACGUUCUUCUCUGGCCUUUCACCAGGCUUCAUUUUUACGGCGCUGCCUCCGCUGUCCGUACCAUACGAGCCAUUGCGGGUAAUUCAUAUUGCUUUUGCUGCUAAUGACGAACUACAAAAAAAGGUCUUCAACGACGCAACAAGUGUGUCGGCGGCCGAAAUCGAAGCAGCGUGUACCAGAAUCGCGAAUGCAAUUGCAUCGAAAUGCGUUGGACUCAUUGAGUUUCUACCUUUAUACGAAAAUAGCCGUAUGCAAAAGGAGCUGACAAAGUCAUUCGGCCUGGACGCAACUACAUGUUUUCGAAAAGUUCAGUUCAUUCAUCGCACAGCAUUUGAUUUCGUAUCCGAGUCAGACGCCGGAUUCAAGAUUCGCUCCUUCGAUAAAUCCUACGCAAUGGACAACCAGAUGAAUAUCGCAAAAGCGUUAUGUGCGCUGUCGCUGCUUACCCCACGCCUCGGCAUACCGACAAAUGAAAUUAGAAUUUUCACCCGGCAGCUUCACUUCUCCACAGGUAGAUGGAUGAAGGGCUGCACUGCGCUGAUAAUUUUUACGAAUUGGGCGUACAUUCUACUCGAAGCAACGGACUGGGACCAAGUGAAGGAGAAGAUGCUAGGGCAAGAAGGCUUGUUCAGUGUUGUCGCUGCCUUGAGCGCAGACGCUGAUAUGCUCAAGAAAGGUCGUUUCACUCAUUUCUAUGAAUUGGACGACCCAGCUAUAUCGGAUGACUUCCGCAGAGUUUUCGUCCCGUGGAUGCGUGGUGGCCAGGACCACAAGAAUGUUGAGAUGGCACGAGCGCUGGACCUACUCAUGGAGAGCCUAUCCGCUGGAGCCUCGAAACUGGUACCCAUUUCCAGUCUGACUGAGGUUUCCGAUGAUGAGGCCGCUGAUGACAGCAAUGAUGAAACCUCCGUUGACAGCGAUGACGCGGGAGAACUGUUCUUGAGUUCUAGAUCCAUGUAA